AUGCUGGAAAGGAAGCAGAGUUUGGCCUGUCCAGCCAAUCAGCUCUUCAUGACCCUCCUCAAGGAGGCGAUGUCGCUUGCGCCACCUUCAGUGUCGACGGCCGAGAUGGCGACUGCUACAUCCGAGCCUUCAACGGUGACGGCAGGUGACAAUGAGGGGUCGGAGUUGAGGCAGCCACCACCACAGCACGUAUCUGAGGCGUUCAGGGCCUACGUUUGCGAACAGCUCUCUCGUCGUCUUGCCACCGACCCCGACUUUGACGCCAAGCGACAUCCUGCAGCUAAGGAGGCCUUCGGUAAGCGGUCGCGCCAUGGGAGGCAGUAG